CCACACGGGAUGUUGUGCAACCCCUUGCCUGUGCUCAGGGCCGCCCACCACACCCCUCGCUGGAGCAGGCACACUCGGUCAGAUUCGUUUGACAACAGUUGAUUCCUUUUACUACCCGCUGCUGCCAAGUCUGCCCAUUAUGUCCUUCAGGACUCAGCCGCCUUGAUCCUCUGAUCUUCCAGCGAAGGGCAGAGUCACCCUGGAGUGGGUUGCUGGGAACGUUUUCCCAGAGGCAGCGCCCGUGCAGACCCGUGCUGCAGCUGGUCAAGCCAUCACCGGGGGUCAGGAGGUCCAAUCCUGGCCGUUCCACCCCCCCUGGUCGAACAGUGUCUGAGGGGGAAGGAGCUGGUGGCCAUGGGCUAGUUUGCCACCCGGUGGCGGGACAACCAUGUAUGUGAAGCAGCUCAGACUCCAGCUGUGGUUCAACGAAGGGCGUCUACGCGAGUUCACGUGCCGCCUCGCCAAAUACCCACCGGGCUUCCAGCCGGAGACCGGCUUCUCCUUGAUGUCCCAGAUCCUCCUGCCCUUCCUGCUGGCCGGAAUCGGGAUGGUGGCGGCCGGAAUCGUCAUGGACAUGGUGCAACACUGGCCGGUGUUCAAGGCAAUGUCCGAAAUCUUCAUCCUAGCCCCUGCCCUGGUGGGGCUGAAGGGCAACCUGGAGAUGACCCUGGCGUCCCGGCUGUCCACAGCGGCGAACACUGGGAAACUGGACUCUGCUGCUGACUGCUGGCUGCUGGUGACAAGCAACUUGGCCGUCAUACAGCUCCAGGCCACGGUGGUGGGGUUCAUUGCGGCAGUGGUGGCCAUCACCCUGGGCUCGAUCUCUGGGGGCAACAUCGAGCUCAGCCGCGCCAUCCUGCUCUGUGCCAGCAGCACCAGUACCGCCUUCAUCGCCUCGCUGAUCCUAAGUCUGGUGAUGGUCGCGGUGAUCCUGGGCUCACGGAAGGUGGGGGUGAACCCAGACAACGUUGCCACGCCGAUCGCCGCCAGCCUCGGCGACCUCGUCACCCUCUCCCUGCUGGCAGCGAUCAGCAGCACCCUGUACCGGUACACCGACAUAACCUACCUGGCUCCCGCGCUGUGCGUGCUCCUGAUCAUGGUGACUCCAGUGUGGCUGCUGAUCGCCCGGCGGAACAGCUCGAGCCGAGAGGUGCUGCAGAGCGGCUGGCAACCCGUCCUGGUGGCCAUGUUGAUCAGCAGUUGCGGGGGUCUGAUCCUGGACAAGAUGAUCACAGACCCACGGUUUCAGGGAAUGGCCGUGUUCACACCUGUCAUCAACGGAGUCGGCGGGAACCUGGUGGCGAUCCAGGCCAGUCGCAUCUCCACCUACCUGCACCAGAGCAGCAUUCCGGGAGAACUGCCGCAAGGCAUGAAGGAUCUGUGUCCCACCGUCUGCCAAAUCUUCCUGCGCUCAGGUCCAAACUCAAACUCUGCCCGUGUGCUGUUGUUUCUGGUGGUGCCAGGGCACCUGCUCUUCCUCUUCACCAUCCACGUGGCGCGUGCUGGCCACGCCUCCAUCACCCACAUGUUCACCAUCUUCUACCUCAUCGCCUCCCUGGUCCAGGUGUUCCUGUUGCUAUGCGGCGCGGAGCUGCUGGUGAGACUAGCGUGGAAACUGAGACUGGAUCCCGACAACUUUUCCAUCCCGUACCUGACGGCCUUUGGGGACCUGCUGGGAAUCGGCUUCCUCGCAAUCUGCUUCUACGCCAAGCUGAUGACAGAAGGUUGAGGUCGGGGUAGAGAGAGAGAGGCAGGUGGAGCGGCCAUUCCCCGCGCCCGCACAUUGGGGACGCAUCUCGCCACGAUCACCGCGCCGCACUGACCCCAGGGGCCCGUGCACAACCGCCCUGUGCUGGGGGUGGGGGUGGGGGUGGAGAGGCCCCUACCCAGAACCAACCCCUCAGCUGCAGAAACAGGCCAUUCAACCUCUCCUCUGCACGCCCGUGCCUAGUGAAAGCAGCCUGGGUGUUUGCCAGUGGCCGUGAGGGGUAAUCGAAGCGUUUCCCUUGCCACCAGGUGUACAGCCCAUACUCCCGGCCGGCAUGCCGCUCACUCCCAGCUCCGCCGCAGAGUAAAUAUUUAUUUUGCAGCA